AUGGGGGGGUGCGGCUCUAUUACAAACUGCCCCAGCGGGACUCCCGUGGACUCCGGACCGGACACAGCCACACAGCCCGCCUGCUGCGGGCACACAUGUCCCGAUCAACGCUUCACUCCCAACCGGGGCGAGGAGCCGCCCUCCCCGCGGGCAGGUCCACGGGAGAACGGCCGUGGUGGAGGGAGGGAGGAUGAUCUGGACGACGAGCUGGACGCUUCACAGCUUGGGAGAUUUAUGAAGACCAGAUGGAGAGCCCGGUCCUGCCGCUACCCCGGCCGGCGCUCCUGGGACGCGGUCUCUGGGAGUAACGAGAGGAAGCGGGUGGAGUUCGCCGACUCCAUGGGUCUGAACCUGGCCAGCGUUAAGCACUUCCAGCGCGCUUGGGAGGGACGCAGCAUCCCGAGUAAAGUUCUGUCCAGACACAAGAGCUUCCCGCCGCCGCAGCAGCGACUUACUGAACGGGAGCUGUGCCAGACCUUCACGUCCGGCCUGCUCCGGACCGGGGCUGCUCACCUGCUUCCCGAGCCCCGGGAGGUGCGAGCCGGCAGGCGUUCCCGCCUGCUCCGCGUCUGGCCUGAGGAAGGUCACCAUCACCCAGGUUUCGACGUGCGGGGACAGAUCCGGGUCUUUACGGACUGGAGCAGCAAAGAGGUCGGAGCUGAGGUACCACCUUCAACGGACUGGCUCUCCUACAUCGACGGCAUGGCUCUGCCCGUGCCGGUGGCGGAUCAGCCGGGCUUCGUGGGGGGGGAGCGCUUCAGUUCACCGGUGUUCACGCCGCCCUCAUGCGACCCCAGCUCGGCGUUGCACUUCGCACUCUUAAAACACACGGGGUCGUAG